CUCACCCAGGCGGUAGAUAUAAAAGGCUGGAGCUCCCCAUUGAAAAGCAUUGAGAUUGGGAUAGUUUGUUACAGAGGAAUCUCUUACAAUACUGAUUGGUGAGUGACAUUUAUCCUCCCAGGGAAAUCCUGAUGGGUCUGUCUCCCUUACAAAUUCUACAUUCUUUUACAUGGGGAAAAUCUAUGAAGAUAACAGAGAUACAGACAGAUAAAGAGAGACUUAUAGAUGGAUGCUAUAUAUCUAAUGUGUGAAUGGAAAGAGUAUAAUGUAAUCUGCAUCUUAUAUUAUAUAUGGCUACAAAUUGGUAAAUUUAACGUUAGAACACAUUGCUGCAAUAAUAGUGGCUGGUGUAUCAUUUUAGAAUCUGCAAUGCAUUUAUGAUAAAUACAUAGUUUACUUUUUUCAGUUUUCUCAUUAAUGUAUAUUUAAUUUGUAUCUUUCUUUUGUAUCUUUUUGUGUUUCCAUUUUAAAUGUUUAUUUUGUACAAGUUUAUAUCAAUAUGUCAAUUUUCUAUUUAUUUUAUGCUAGUUUGUAUCAUUAUAUUAGUUAUGUAUUUUUUAUAUUAGUUUGUUUCCGUUUUGUAUUUAUUUUAUGCUAAUUUAUAUUAUUCUAUCAGUUUUGUAUUCAUUUUAUUCUAUUUUGUAUCUGUUUUUUUUUUAUUUAUUCUAUGCUAAUUUGUAUCAUUAUAUCAGUUUUUAAAAACAUUUAUUUUGUUCUAUGCUAUUUUGAAUCAUUUCAGGUUUUUUUAAAAUUUAUUCUAUGUUCUAUGUUUGUAUCAUUAUAUCAGUUUUGUAUUUUUUUUUAAUACUCGUUUCUAUCAUGUUUUUUUUUUUCAUUGUAUGGUUGUAUCAUUCUACCAGUUUUGUGUAUUUGUUUUACAUAAUUUAUAUCAUUAUAUCACUUUCGUAUUUAUUGUAUGUUAGUUUCUAUUAUUCUAUCCGUUUUGUAUUUAUUUUAUACUAGUUUUAUCAUUAUAUCACAUUUGUAUUUAUUUUGUAUCUCUUUUCUGAAGUCGGCUGAGCACAGCAAUCUUUCGAUUUUAUAUGAGUUGAGGUGACGUGUAGGACUUUGCAUUCCAUUUAGUGAAUGCAUUGUUUAAAUGAUGCAGAGAAUGUCUAGCAAAUGAUCCUUCCUUACUUACAGUAAUGGAGAGAAGUAUGUAAGAACCAUAUGAUGCUCUUCAGUUGCUAUAACUGUACUAAUAGCUGUUUGCUACCCAGAUCACACCUUGCUAUGAGCUCAGUCUGAGUGAUGAGUGAUCUCCUUGGGCAGUAGAAUAUUAGAAUGAAAUGCUGAUGGCUAUGCUGGCAGUCUGCCAAUACGUCUCCUUUAAAUCUUCCUUGUAGAAUAAAGGGACAUUAUGGUUGUUCUGAAGAUCUCAUCCCUGCUUGCUGUACUUGCCUUGGUUUUCUGCCAAAUGCACAGCUCGAAGGCAGCCCCGGCCAGGUAAGAGGGCCUGUCCCCUGCUAUGUCUGCACUCCAUGCCUGGGGCCCCUCCUGAGUGAGUGCUCUGGCAUUGAUUAUAAGACCUGAAGUGAUUGGGGUUCAGUCCAUGAAUGUCUGUGUUUCAUAGCGUGCUGUUGGGAAAUACUGGGACUUUGUUCUAUGUAUCUGGUAAAUCACAGUGGACCUGGAUACACAUAACGAAGAUUGUCUGAAGUUGUCCCCUUUUUGUUCUUUUUGAUUAAGACCUGGACUAGAGUCAGUUCCAGAGAGGGUUGCAGUCAGUGACUACGAGGCCAGGAGGUUGCUCAAUGCUCUGGUCAAAGAAUUCAUACAAAUGACAGCAGAGGACUUGGAACAAGCCAGCGAAGGAAACAGGUAAGAAAGAGAUGGAUACACUCACAAUGUAUCAAUUGUGACUCUCAAUGGACCUACAGUGUAUAGUACAGGCAUAGGCAACCUUCAGCCCUCCAGAUGUUUUGGACUACACCUCCCAUGAUGCUUUGCCAGCAUUACGGGUGUAAGAACAUUAUGGGGGAUGUAGUCCAAAACAUCUGAAGUGCCGAAGGUUGCCAACCCUUGUAUAGUAUGUCGCAGCACAUGAUGGUCCUCUAAGAGAGUUAUGUACAGUGCAGGGUAUAUCCCAGCUCUCGAUUGAUCUCUAGGAGAGCUAUGUACAGUGCAGGGUAUCUCCCAGCUCUCGAUUGAUCUCUAGAAGAGUUAUGUACAGUGCAGGGUAUAUCCCAGCUCCUGAUGGACCUAUAGGAGAGCAAUGUACAGUCAGAGUAUAUCACAGAUCCUGAUUGACCUACAGUGUAGUAUUUCAUAGAACCCGAUGGACCAAUAGGAUAACAUUGUACAGUGCAGGGUAUAUGCCAGCUCUUGAUGGACUUACACUGAAUAGAAUUUCAUAGCACCUGAUAAUCCACUAGGAGUGCUACGUACAGUGCAGGGUAUAUCACAGCUACUGUUGGACCUCUAGGAAUGUUACGUACAGUGCAGGGUAUAUCACAGCUCCUGAUAGUCCACUAGGAGAGCUAUGUACAGCACAGGAUAUGUCACAGUGCCUGAUGGUCCAUUAAGAAUGUUAUGUACAGUGUAGGGUAUAUCACAGCUACUGAUGGACCUCUAGGAAUGUUAUGUAUAGUGCAGGGUAUAUUACAGUGCCUGAUGGUCCAAUGGUCCAGUGGAGAGCUAUGUACAGUGCAGGAUAUGUUACAGUGCCUGAUGGUCAACUAGGAGAGCUAUGUACAUCGCAGAGUAUAUCACAGUUUCUGAUGGUCAACUAGGAGUGUUAUGUUAUGUACAGCACAGAGUAUAUCACAGUUCCUUAUCGACUACUAGGAGAGCUAUGUACAGAGCUGAGUAUAUCACAGAUUCUGAUGGUCGACUAGGAGUGUUAUGUUAUGUACAGCACAGAGUAUAUCACAGUUCCUGAUCGACUACUAGGAGAGCUAUGUACAGAGCAGAGUAUAUCACAGAUUCUGAUGGUCGACUAGGAGUGUUAUGUUAUGUACAGCACAGAGUAUAUCACAGUUCCUGAUCGACUACUAGGAGAGCUAUGUACAGAGCUGAGUAUAUCACAGAUUCUGAUGGUCGACCAGGAGUGUUAUGUUAUGUACAGCACAGAGUAUAUCACAGUUCCUGAUCGACUACUAGGAGAGCUAUGUACAGAGCAGAGUAUAUCACAGAGUCUGAUGGACAUCUAGGAGAGCUAUAAACAAAGCAGGCUAUAUCAUAGCAGGUAUAAAAGCACCCUAUAGCACUGGCACCAGUGGUUACUCUUUGUAAAGUUUUGUCUAAUUGCAGAAAUAGAAUGCUUGUGAAUUAUCUUCCAGACAUUUUCCCCCUGAAUUCUGAAUCAAGUAUCGUUGCUCUAAAAGAGUUAACAAUUAAUUUGACCAGUACGGUUUCUUUCUCAGAAGCACUAUGACAGUAAAUGCACAUACAAUGCUUACAAGAAGAUACUGUGUAUCAAUCUCAUGUCUUCUAAUGCUGCUGUAGUUUGUCUGUACACACGUGUCCUCGAAGCCACAGCCUCUUGCUAUGAAGGAGGUUUGAUAGUAUAUAAGAGUGAGGUACGUUUUUUGUUGUAUCAGUUGUGGGGGCAGAUCUGAGUGCCACUGUCAGGGUCCUGCAUGCUCUCCCCAUCUAAAAGGCAUGAGUCUCAGACAGCGGGUUUGACUGCAAUGAAAUCAUCAGUCAGAAUAGGGCGUUCACUUCAUGUACUUAGCAAUGACUUCAUUCACUGAGCUCGGAAAUCAAUGAAGACGCAUGCCCUGCAUUUAAAUGACAUUUAUUUACUGAAACCCUUUAAUGCAAAGCAUGAUUAGAAUGAUGUUAGCGAGCAUGUGCCGCCAUAUCUAUACAAUAGCUUGAUCCACCACAGCCACGUCAAGCUACAGCAGCACCAUCCACCACAGCCACGUCAAGUUAUAGGACCAUGAUUUACCACUGUCACGCCAAGCCAAGCUAUAGAAUCACCACCCAACACAGCCACUUCAAGUUAUAUUACCAUAAUUUACCACAGCCACACCAAGCUAUAGGAGCAUGACCUACCACAGCCACCCCAAGUUAUAGGAACAUGAAUUACCGCAGUCACACUAUUCUAUAGAACCAUGAUCCUCCACAGCCACACAAAGCUAAUCAAGAUCAUGAUCCACCACAGUUACACCAAGCUAUAGGACCAUGAUCCACCACAGCUACACCAAGCUAUAGGACCAUGAUUUACCACAGCUAGGCCAAGCUAUAGGACCAUGAUUUACCACAAUCCCCCUAGCUAUACGAGCACGAUACACCAUGGCCAUCCCAAGCUUUAUGAACACAAUACACCAUGGCCACACCAAGCUAUACAAGCAUGAUACACCAUAGCUACACCAAGCUAUACGAGCACAAUAUACCACGGCCACCCCUAGCUAUACGAGCACGAUACACCAUAGCCAUACCACGCUAUAUAUGCACGACCUACCAUGGCCACCCCUAGCUAUACGAGCACGAUACACCAUAGCUACCCCAAGCUAUAUGAGCACGAUCUAUCACGGCCACCCCUAGCUAUAUACGAGCACGAUACACCAUAGCCACACCACACUAUACAUGCACGACCUACCAUGGCCACUCCUAGCUAUACGAGCAUGAUACACCAUAGCCACACCAAGCUAUAUGAGCACGGCCUACCAUGGCCACCCCUAACUAUAUACAAGCACGAUACACCAUAGCCACACUACGCUAUACAAGCAUGAAACACCAUGGCCACACCACGCUAUACAUGCAUGACCUACCACGGCGACCCCUAGCUAUACAAGCACGAUACACCAUAACCACACCACGCUAUACAAGCAUGAAACAUCAUGGCCACACCACGCUAUACAAGCACGCCCUACCACAGCCACCACUAGGUAUACGAGCACGAUACACCAUAGCUACACCACGCUAUACGAGCACGAUCUACCACGGCCACCCCUAGCUAUAUGAGCAUGACCAGAUCUAAAUGGCUCAAGCAUGUUGUUUACAGAGCAAGCUUCCUGUUUGAGAAGGUAACUAGUGGAUGACACGGUGAGAACAAGCAUGAAUUGCAAUGAAUUGCAUGAGAAAAGCAUGUGAAGUAUGUCUUUGGUUUUGGCUUUUUGUUGGCAUGUUGUUUUCUCCCCUCCUUUACAGCCUGGAUAGACCCAUUUCCAAACGCUGCUCCAGCCUGAGCACAUGUGUGUUGGGGAAACUCUCUCAAGAAUUGCACAAAUUGCAAACAUACCCUCGUACAGACGUUGGUGCUGGGACCCCUGGCAAGAAGAGAAAUGUGAUGGCUGAUCUGGAGAACGGACGCUAUGCAACUUACGGGGAGCAAUUUGAUAAUUAAUAACUAGUUGGCAUGCCUGGCAUGCUGUCAAUGCUUCUUGGCCUGGUGCAUGCUGGACUUCUCUCGAUUGCUUUAACCUUGUUUUUUUGAUUCAGCACGUUGGAUAGGGACAUUCUGACCAGGAACUCAGAGCGCACAAGACUAUAUACAGCACAUGAUCACCAAUCCUAUAUAAUAUACCAAAAUUAUCGGGGAGAGGGGGGUACAAUACCUACACGCUGUAAUCUCAAAUUUCACCUAAUUAUUUACAUUUUAUAUCAUGAUCAACCAAAAUCUAACAUUUGCUGCCUACACUGUGUAUAAAUAAAAUCAUAUUUCAUGCCUAACCAUGCACUUAAUGAAUAAACCUAUUUUUCUACAAGGAGAUGAUCUGAUGUUUUAAUUAAGGGGUAGAAAGGUUUCUCGUAGUCUGCAUUAUGGAACAUUUAAAGGGACUUAGAAAAGUUUGGGUAAAAUAUUUCUACAGAUUUUAGGAGUUUCUAGGAUGAAAUGAAUGCAUGUAGCAAUUUACUUACUGGAGGUAAGACUAUAUUUAUUUUUACAUCUUUGAUUGCUGAAAAUAUAAUUUUUUAUUAAUAAUUAGCAUCUUUGAAUAUUUUAAUGUAGUCAUAAAAUAUUGCGUAUAAUAAUGUUAAGUAUUAGGAAAAGAACGACAAAGUAAAAACAAUUAAAGUUUGAUUUGGCAUGAAUAAUUAUUCCAAGUUAAAAUUACUUUUAGUUAUUUAUUUGUUUCUAUUGUAUUUAGUUAUUCUUUUAUUUUUUCAAUCGGAUUAUUAUCUUUCUAUGUAUUGAUAUAUCAUGGAGUCUUUUUCACUAUGCAAGCAAAUUGUGGUGACUUGACUUUUCUGAACAAACUGAACUGGCGAUUAGUUUUCCUCGUCUCACGUAUUUCAUCCUAAAUUUUCAGUUAUGAAGUCACCAGAAGUUGCUGUUUAAGGAAAUGAUCAUUAUCUAAUAGCUGUAAAAAUCGCCGGAGUUUCUCCCUUAAAUUAAUAGUUUUGCAUUGUUACAGAUUUAUUAGGAGCAACACCGAUCUAAUGCAGUUUGUUACAAUGAAUUUUGUAGAAAUGUAGCUUGUAUUGUGAAGCAGAUUGCUGUUUCAGAAUACUAAGUGUUAGUCACUGAACUCCUAUUAGUUAAUUAUUGCUUAUAUAUACAUAUUGUUUCUACCUUAAAACAGCAGCGUUACCGCACAGAAAAGAUCAUGUAAGACAGCGACAUGUGUCACUCACCGUCUGGCAGACUUCCUGAGCAGGUCUGGAGGCAUAGGAAAGAGUAAUUUUGUGCCAACCAACGUGGGUGCCAAGGCAUUUGGUAGACGAAGACGGAGCCUCUAUGUCUAAACGCAAUGUGACAUCAGGAAUAUGGUAAGUUUAUAAUCCCAUUCAAACUUCUUUACUUGCCAAGAUGAGCCAACUGCAGCCCAUCGAGUAGGUACAAUGUGUGUUGAGAUGGGGGAAGAGGAGGGAGGGUUAAACUAAACUAUAUGAUAUGAUAUAUUUGAUAUGUGUAUGUCAAAAAUAUUAAAUAAUUUUUUUAAAUAAUGAAAUAAUUUUGAAAGCUAAUCCAAAAAUAUUAAAUGGAUAAUGUUAUGUUAAAUGGAAAUGUCAUGUUAGAGCAUCACUUACUGUUUCUGUACUAUGAGCAUUGUCCUUUAUUACACGCUAGACGUGUAGCAGUCACACAUUUGGCAGUGCUAUAGCAUUUGUGAAGUGGAUGUUUUACCAAAAAAAUAAAUUUAUACAUUCUAUAAUGUCAUUUUGUCAUUUUGUCUCCAUAUUAUACGUUUCAAAGUCAAUGAGUGAAACUUACAUAAGGAGUAUAUGCGCUAUUUUUAUAUAAAGGGAUUAUAUGGUGCACCAUGUUAUAUACAGAUAUUAUAUGGUGCUCUGUUUUAUAUAAAAGGCUUUAAAGGGACUCUGAUUUCAUGCAGAAUUACUCACUGUCAAUUGUUAAAAGAUGGAUAGAUUAGUUUAUAUGUUUUUCACUCUUCUGCUAUCGCUGGUCGCACAGUUGGCCACAUGAAAGGUGGGACAGGGAAAGUAUUCUGGGACAGGGAAAUCUUGAGUAACAUUGGAUUUCCUAUUGUAAAAAUUCCCUGAUGAGACAGUGCCCCUGGAGUUGAACUGAACCCCUUUGAGGGUCAGCCUCCUCUCAAGCACUUUAAGGGUUAACACAUAAUAUAUCCUCAACCACUUUCUCCCUUUCCACGAAACUGCAAAGCUCGUGGGGACUGGAAGGGGUAUUUCUGUUAAUUCUGUCCCAUAUACUCAGUCCUGCUUCUGGCUGGAUUCUCUGGUUAGUGGAGUGAGUGUUUAAUUAAAUAUUGUCUGUUGGGGAAGCUGAGGAUCCUGUAGCUAAGGGAGCAAUAAAUCUCACUAGAUCUCAGGAGGACAAACAGUUUGAACAUUAAAAUUGGAAAGAUAGUUACAGAGGCAGCUAAGUGGAUCAGCUCCUUCACAUUGCGGACAGUGAUUGGAUAAAGACUGGGGUACAAUAACUACUGGACGCGCUAUGAGCUGUAAGCAGUGCUUACCCUAGGCAGUAUAUUUAUUGCCAUUCAACUCUAGUCCUAUCCCCUAUUUAACAUACACCUGUUAUCACACUUUGUAACCUAUGGAAGUAAGCUUUUUUAAAUGUUCACGUCACCCUCAUGCUGUCAGGACGGCAAAUCCUCUCAUUCUUCUGGGACUGCGAAUCCUCUCAUACUUCCGGGACUGCGAAUCCUCUGAUACUUCCGGGACUGCGAAUCCUCUCAUACUUCCGGGACUGCGAAUCCUCUAAUAUUGCGACGACUGCAAAUCCUUUCAUCCUGUGGCAAUGAUUGCGAAUCCUUUCAUACUGCGGCGACUGCGGAUCCUUUCAUACUGUGGCGACUGCAGAUCCUUUCAUACUGCGGACACUGCGUAUCAUUUCAUACUGCAAUGAUUUCAAAUCCUUACAUUCCACAGCGACUGUGUAUUCUUUCAUACUGUGGCGACUGGGGAUCCUUUCAUGCUGCAACGACUGUGGAUCCUUUGUGGCUUUAAAGGGAGAACAUUUUAGGCUAACUUUAUCAUUCCAAAACCAAAGCCAUUCUGGGGGGGAAACAGUGAAUUUGGAGUAAUCAAUCUUUUUGAGAUUGCACCGAUAUUAUCACAAUCCCCUAGUAUUACAUCACCAUGUCUUGUUAUCAUGUGUAAUAACGAUAAUUCCAAAUUCCUUUUAUAUUUGUGGAGAAUCUUGAACUGAACACUACCCGCUAUGGGCAUUAAUCAGCUCAAGUUGACGUCUUGCUGGAAAGGUCCCAAAAGUGCCAGAUCCAAACUUCAACUUCCUUUUUCAGUUUCUGUUCUAACACUAGAAAGGACUCCAGGCACUCACACAAUUAAAGCACAUUUUAUAGGUUUCAACCUCAUUCACAAAGUAUCUUUCUCCACAUUUAAAUCUUUUUGUCAAAAUAAAUGUCAGCUUUCUGCAGUGUAACUCCGCCCCUUAUCCAUCCCUCCCUUUUCACAAAGACACUUCCUUAUUAUAUGUACUUUGACUGCAUACUUAGCUCAGCCAAUGAAGGUUCAGUGUGAGCUGGCUUAAUGACAUCACUUCACCCCAUAGCCAAUCACUGUACUCCUUUAAUAUCUGCCUUCUUAGCAUGGAAUUAAAACAAGGGGGCAGUUAUUGGCUGUGGGGCGGAGACAUCUCACACCAAUCUCUCAUUGUCUGGGCUACGCUACAUACCUUCCAAGUAGGAAGAUGUUUUGUGAAUAGAGGAGUGUGGCUAAAUCUAAAACGAAAAUAUUUGAAUAUGGGAAUUAUCAGCAGUAAUAUGAGUCCAAAACCCAAUCACAUAAACAUAAGUUGUGAUGGUGCCUGGUAUGUCAUUUUAAUUUUUAAAAUAUUAAAUCAUACAUAAAUAGAUUAACUGUUCUCAGGAUUAAAAUAAACAUGACCAAAACUGUAAAUAUAGGAAUAUCUAUAUAUAGAAUACAUGUAAAUACUGUUAUUUUAUAUUAGAUGUGUGCUUUAGGGAGGAAUAACUGCACAUUGGGAUGGUGGGUGGACGUGAUUCAAAAAUGAGUUUGAAGUGCUUUGUCCGAAAAAAAUUCCUCAAUCAAUAAAUUAACCGAUUCCGUAUCGAUCUGAUCUGUAGAUUCUAUUCUGUAAUAACAAUUUUCUCACCUAUUACCAGGAAUUUUAAUUGGAUGAAUCGCAUAAAGUGAGACCGUUCAAAUAGUUAGACUACUUACAAGGGGGUAUCAGGGCACUCCUGACACUAUAACCACUACAACAAGCUGUAGAGGUUAGGGUGCUUGGAUGGUUCCUUUAACGUUUACCUGCUAAGUAAAAUGUACAUGAAAUAACAGCAAGCUCGUCCUGUUUGCUUCAAUAAAUGCAAGGCUUCUCUGAGCCUUCUCUAAUACACAGAUGUGGCAAAUGUCCAAACAGACAAUAUCCAGCGUGAACCAAAAAAUAUUUAAAAUAUUGGGGUGCUUCUGAAGAAGGAAUGACAUUCAUUUUAUUAUUUAAGAUUAGACUAAUAUGGAGAAUUUUCGCUGGAGAUAAAGUCAUUGCAAUUAUUUUCUCUUCAUUGACUUGAAACGAGCCAGCAUUCUCAGCGGAUGUCGGCCCAUUUAGUCUGCCCAAUUUUCUAAAUUCUUUCAUUAGACCCUGGCCUUAUCUUAAGUCUAGGAUAGCCUUAUGCCUAUCCAACGCAUGCUUAUACUCCUUCACUGUGUUAACCUCUGCCACUUCAGCUGGAAGGCAAUUCCAUGCAUCCACUACCCUCUCAGUAAAGUAAUACUUCCUGAUAUUAUUGUUAAACCUUUGCCCCUCUAAUAUAAGACUAUGUCCUCUUGUUGUGGUAGUUUAUUUAAAUAUGAAAUGACAUUUGCUGUGAAUAAAAAUAUAUAAAUUUACCAAUGUUAAACAGGACAAUCUCUGUUUAUUUUUCAGAUUGCCAUGAAAAGGAAGACAUCCGUGUCCACUUUCUUUAAAAAAAAAAAUUACAAAAAAAACCAUCAAAAAGGCCAAACAAAACAAGUUUUUGCAUUUAAAGACAAUUAUAGUUUUUAUUCAUUUAUUUUGUCUAUAUUUGUUUUGCUUUUGUUUUUUUUUUUAUUUUUGGAAACAUUGCUACAGCACUUCUGUUAUGUAUUGUAAAAAACAAAAAAGAGGUAUUUAUGAUAAUAAAAUAAUUCUAUUCUUUUUAUAUUAUAUUUAAGAAUAAAAUCUGACGGCGUUUAUUGUUUUAAUUCUCUUUACGGCAUAUAUAUGUGCAAUAUGAUCCAUGCUAUUGUUUGUGGCGAAUCUGCAAAUCUCGGGGAUUAUACAGUGUAUAUGGCGCUCAAGGCGUGUCUGUAAAGUGACAGUGUGCAGUGCCUUGAUGUAAAACAUUAAACUUACAUGAUUGUACAGACAAACUAGAAGCUAACAAAAAAAACAAAACAAAAAACCUUAAACAUUGUAUUCAAUUGUGAAUUUCAGCAAGAUUAAAAAAG